AUGGACACCCCCCCGCUCUCAGGUUCGGACUCCGAUUCUGAUGACUCUCUUGUCACAGACAGAGAGUUGCAGGAGGCGUUUUCCCGAGGGCUUCUAAAGCCAGGCCUCAACGUGGUGCUAGAGGGGCCGAAGAAGGCCGUGAAUGACGUGAAUGGCCUGAAGCAGUGUUUGGCUGAAUUCAAGCGGGAUCUGGAAUGGGUUGAAAGGCUUGAUGUGACCCUGGGUCCGGUACCAGAAAUCAGUGGACCUCAGUCAACAUCUCAGAACCAGGAUCCGAAAGCUGUUGAUCCAGAAGAUGACUUUAAGCGUGAGAUGAGCUUCUACCGUCAAGCCCAGGCAGCAGUGCUUGCAGUGUUGCCCCGCCUCCAUCAGCUCAAAGUGCCUACCAAGCGGCCUACGGAUUACUUUGCAGAGAUGGCCAAGUCUGAUCAGCAGAUGCAGAAGAUUCGACAGAAACUGCAGGCUAAGCAGGCCGCCAUGGAGAAGUCGGAAAAGGCUAAGCAGCUGCGAGCACUUAGAAAAUAUGGAAAGAAGGUGCAAACAGAGGUUCUUCAGAAGCGGCAGAAGGAGAAAUCACACAUGAUGAGUGCCAUUAAGAAAUAUCAGAAAGGUUUCUCUGAUAAACUGGACUUCCUUGAGGGAGAUCAGAAGCCUGUUGCACACAGCACAAAAGAAGGAGCCAAAGGCCAGCAAAUGAGGAAGGGGCCCAAUGCCAAGCGACGCUAUAAAAACCAGAAGUUUGGUUAUGGUGGGAAGAAGAAAGGCUCCAAGUGGAACACUCGUGAGAGCUAUGAUGAUGUAUCCAGCUUCCGGGCCAAGACAGCUCAUGGCAGGGUCCUCAAGAGGCCUGGAAAGAAAGGAUCAAAUAAAAGACCUGGAAAACGGACAAGAGAGAAAAUGAAGAGCAGAAGACACUAA